GUCGUCCUCGCGAGGCUCGCGCAGUCGCUGCCACAUCUCUCCUCGUCCAACCUCGUGUGUGGCUUGCUUCUGUUGCGCUGCCGCAUCCUCGUCCACAUCUCUCCCCGCCGCCAGGGCCGCCGUCCGCCGCGGCCGCAGCGCUGGGAGGGGAUCGCCGGGCAGCGGCGCGAGGCGGGGGAGAAGGAGCCGCGGGUUCGUCGCCCGGAUGGCGGCGGGGCGAUGACGCGGGCGGCGGGAGCAGGGUGUUGAGAUGCGGACGAUCUGCGAUGUGUGCGAGAGCGCGCCGGCGGUGCUCUUCUGCGCGGCCGACGAGGCCGCGCUCUGCCGGGCCUGCGACGAGAAGGUACACAUGUGUAACAAGCUUGCUAGUCGGCAUGUGAGAGUUGGACUUGCAAACUCUAAUAAACUUGCCCGUUGUGAUAUAUGUGAAAGUUUUCCUGCUUUCUUCCACUGUGAUAUAGAUGGCGCCUCACUUUGCCUGAGCUGUGACAUGACUGUUCAUGUUGGUGGCAAACGAAGCCAUGGAAGAUACCUGCUCCUAAGGCAAAGUGUUGAAUUUCCAGGAGAUAAACUAGGCCAUAUGGAUGAUGACGUGGCAAUGCAAAGCAAAGAUCCUGAAAACCAGAUAGAUCAGACGAAGCCUUCUCAUUCAGCAACAAAAGAGCAAAGGGCAAACCAUAAUAAUAGCUCUGAUGAUCCAGCAUCUGAUGGAAACUGCGAUGACCAGGGUAACAUUAAUUCGAAAAUGAUUGACCUUAAUAUGCGACCGGCUCGUACCGAUGGACAAGGAUCAAAUUCCCAGAUCCAGACUCACGGGGUGGUUCUUAGCGUGAACAACCAUGACUCACCUGGGGUAGUGCCGACAAGUAAUUACGAAGGAGAUGCCAACAAGUAAGCACUGGAAGUUCGGAAUGUACAUUUCUUCAUCUACAUAUAUACUGCUCUAUAGCAGCUCAGGAGCGCAGAACACGGGGGGUUUAGCAUUGGCAUCUCUGUUACUAUUGCCAUAGUAGUACAUUUCUGGCAGAGUUGGAGCUAACAACUGCAUCUCGAUCAAUUCGGCUUGUCGUGCCCAAGAUCUAUUUACUGUCAGGUCAAUUCUCGUCGCGAUUGUCAGAACUCAUGUAACUUGCCGCAUUGCUGCUGUUAUAGAGGCUGUGUUUAUCCCCAA